AUGAACCGGCCGAGCCGGAAGCAGGUCAAGGCCGCGGCUGCGGGAGCCUUUGCCGACCUCGCGGCGACGGUUCGCACCUCGGACGAGACGAGCGACGUGGGCGAGGGCUCCGACUUUGAGCUGCCGAGCGUGCUCGAGCGCCGGGCGCCGCCAAGCCGCCCGACGCGCUUCAGGACACCGCGGGCGGUCAAGCCGGACGUGGACGAGACGCGUUGCGACGACGUGGCCAUCUGUGGUCGGGCGUGGGGCGAGUGCACGAUCGUGCUGCAUGAAGACCGGCACGAGCUCGGUGUCCAAGCGGUCGUCCGAAGCCAGUCACGGCUAGCGAUGCCCAAGACGCCCGCCGACCUCAAGACGGAGUACGUGCCAUUUGGCGACAUGCGGGCGAUUCGGGUUCUCGAUGCGAAGCUUCUCGUCGUGCUGGACCUGCCCGCCACGUCCCGCCUCUGCAUUGGCAACGACGACAACCAUAUCGUACUCAGAUUUGCAGACGAGCUCGGGUACCUCCUCGUGCGUGGGUCUCUCGAGCGGCACCUCGGCCGGCAACCCCAUCCGAUCGCCGCCGAGGACGUGCCCAGCUACCUCAGCCAUCUCACCCGCAAGGGUCCCGCGACGCGCAACGGCAAGCGCAAGUCAUUGUUUGAUCCUGCACCGACGGAGCGGUCGACUCGGUCGGCGGCGACGCUGGACUUUAUGCACGAGGGUACUUUGACGACCUUUGCACGCAACGAGACGAUCGAGAUCCACGAGCCCGAGUUGCCGGCAGCCCGCGGGGUCGGGUCGCGGACGCGGUCGGAGCUCAAGAAGCGCGACGAGGGCAAGUCGCAGGAGGCGAAGGACCGGGUCGUCGUGUGCUACCCGCUCCAGUCGCACAGCAAGUCACGCAUUGUGCUCACGGAAGGCGACAUUGACCGCCUCCAGCCCGGCGAGUUUCUCAACGACAACCUGAUCGACUUUUUCUUCAAGUUUUGCCAUGCGCAACUCAACAAGCCGGCGAAAGCGACGACGCACUUCUUCUCGACGCACUUUUACUCGGAAGUCGCCAAGGCCGAAGACGGGACUUUUGCCAAGGUCAACCGCUGGACGCGCGCGACGCCCAUCUUUGAGAAGCGGUUCUUAUUUGUGCCCAUCAACGACAACUGCCACUGGAGCCUGGCCGUGAUCUGCCACCCGUCCGGUCUCAUCAAGACAAAGCCACAGCCCGUUGUUUUGGACGUUGACGACGAUGACGACGACGAUGCGAUUGUCGCCGAGAGCCAAGACCCCGAGACCGCGCCCGCCAGCGUGGAUCCCGUGUCGUCUCAGCCCAGCAACGUGCCCUGCAUUCUCUACUUUGACUCGCUUCAGUGCCACAACAAGACCAAGAUCACCGCCAACCUUCGCCGGUUCCUCGAGAGCGAGUACGCAUCGCGCUUCCCAAACGACCUGAACACGGUUUUCGAUGCGUCGGAUGCAGUUUUUGUCGAGCCCGAGGUGCCACGGCAGAGCAAUAGCUGUGACUGCGGAGUGUACCUCUUGCUCUACGCGCUCCAAGUGCUGCAGCAGUUUCCGGACGGUAUCUUCCUCCGACACGUGGCUGCGGCGUGCGACCCGCAGUUGACACCCACCAUGUUUGACACGGACGUCGUCACCGAGCACCGGGACUACAUGCACCAAGUUCUGCUCUCGCUCAGCACCUUUCAGCACCGCCGCGUCCAUGAUUCGUCGGCGCAGCUGGCGCGGGAGGGUCUCCAGCUAUUUACCGACCCCAAGACGACAACGAAGGAAGAGUAUGUGGUGUAG